AGAGGAAGGAAACGUCCUAUUCGAUACAACAAGGAUGCCAUAUUGAUUCGAUGAGGAUCACCAUUGGAAUUUCCUCUUACGAAGAAAUCAAAUUCUUUUCAAUUGCAAUGCGAACUUACGACAGUACAUUUGAAAGGACGCAACAGUCUAGGAGACAGGAAAGAGUGCGUUAUCGAGGAGAACUUAAAAGUGUUCGGAAGUUGUGCGUCGUAUCAUCAGAAAAAUCAGCAAGUGUUUUAAAAACGAAAAGAUCGUCGUGAUCGAGCGCCAAAAAAAAUCGUCGUUAAAGCGGGAUUUCUCGUAUAACCGAGUUUCGAGAGAGAUUUUGUCUGUUGACGGCCAGGAAGAGGAGGCACCUAGAAAGUGCCGAUUAUUUUUUGAAAUCGUGGAAGGGAAUAAUCGAAAAACGGCGAACCAUUACGGAGGCAUUCAAUACGCAAGCUCGUACAGUAACGGUCGUACGGCAGCGAGCUUGUAUAACAACAAUUGUUCUUCGACCACCACUUACGGUGGCUUCGUGCAGCAUCAACAACAGCAGCUUCACGAGGAUUAUCGACCAAUUUAUUUUUAUGUCGCUCAACCGUACACGAUACCGUAUACGUUCGCGAAAAGACCGAGACCGAAUUCUUCUCUUCUUAGAUCGGAUAACAGGUCCAAUUGUCGCGUUAAAUUUUCUAAAAAACUCGCCAACGUAGACUUCUCCCAAAAGGUUAAACAAGGGGAGUUCUCCAAGAGUCUCAAUCAAGUUCAUUUCGCCGAAGGACAGGAUCAAGGUGUGCAUUUUAUAAUUCUAUGCUAAAUGUAAUUGAUCUAGGGAACGAGUAAAUUAGAAUCUAGAUAUUUUGCAUUGAACUCUUCGGAUCCUUAGUUCAACUUUUUCACGAAUGUUUAGUUAAAUUAGAAAUAGAAGAGCUCGUGGAAUCUACAUGAAUCAUGAUCAAGAUAUGAUUAUGUAUCAAAAAGUUACUCUUAGAUUGGUCUAUAUACGAGGAAUGUACUUUAACUUGUGGAACUUUAGAGAUGUGUUAGGAAUUUUGUUAUCCACCGUUCGCAUGUGUCCCCGGUCACUCUGUAGAUACUUUGUUCUCUUAGAAAAGAGAGGGAGGAGAGAGAAGAGAGAAGAGAAGCGACGAUUGUCAUUUCACUUUCAAAGCGCUUUCACACUGUCAGCUUUUUCUAGCAGACCGGAUAAUUGUUGCGAAAGCGGCGACAUAGUUUCAGUAGGAUAAUUUAAAUAGUGGACUAUCGCCGAAGAGUGGUUCGGCUAUACGUCCACUUUAAUUGAGAAUGUACAUAUAUAGACUAAAAAAACGUUGAUCUUUUCUCUCUCUCUCUCCAGAGAGAUGCAACUUUCAGCUUCGAAUCGAUGUCUAUAUCUACUUUCUUCUACAUAAAAAAAACGUUCUCUCAUGGUAUAUACCGUUUUUACAUUUCAUAGGAUUUCCGCAUUUUUAUAAACCUGGCCAGACACCGCGCCAUCCAAGAAUGACGUCGAUGUUUCGAAGGGGCACCAUAUUCGCAACUUUCUUUCUCUCGUUACUCGGUGGUGGAUUGGUCUGUGCUGCUCUUGUUACGCAACACUGGGUCGAGGCUCGACCCUGGAGGACACCGAAUCCUCAGGAGAGUGCAGGAAGAGUCCAUUUGGGUUUGUUGCAAGGUAAAAAGGAAUUGAACGUUGCUUAUGGCUGGAGGACUUAUCACGUAUCAGUACCUCAAAUGUUACGACAAGAUCCAACAGUGAUGUCCUGGGGACUUUGGGUAGGAACUUUAACUGCUACUUCUGCUGCGUUGAUAACUGCUGCCUUUGCCGCACUUUUAGCUGUGCUAAACACGGCAACCUCACCGAGAUCUAAAGCUCUCUCUGUACCUGGAGUUUAUUUUAUAAACAUUUUAGCGUUGAUAAUGUGUAUAACGAGUGUUGGUACAUGGUUAGCACAAUAUUACACGAGGCUAUACGUCAAUGUCCUACCAAAGGAAGACAUCGAUAAUAUGUGGACCAGUGAAGGUUCGGCCGAACUUGGUUACUCAUUCUGGCUCGUUGCAACCGCUGCUGUUGUACAUCUUAUUAGUAUCGCAUUAGUCGGUUGGGGUUCCGGAAGAGAAAAAGACAAUAAUUUGGAACCGAUUCCUGCAUUGGAGGAAAAAACUGCCGCAGCAAUAAUGCUCUAUUAGUGUAUUUUUUUUUUUUUUUAAAUACCGAACAAGUGCGCACUGUAAUAUUUCUAUUUUUUAAAAAAGGUAUGUAUGAGAGAAAGAAAGAGAGAGAGAGAGAGAGAGGAUAUCUAAAUGCAUUCACAAAAUUAUAUUCCAAAAGUUCCUAAGAGUAGGUAUUUUUCUUGCCACGUGUAUUAUCCACGUUGAAGAUUAUGAGAUUAUAUCGUGAAGUAUAGAAUGGCUGUAUGUCUGUAAAAUGUACUUUUUUUGUUUCUUUUUCUACGAGGCACGUAGAGCCGAUCUCUUGCCGAAUGAGAGAGAGAGAGAGAGAGAGAGAGAGAUUGUGAAAUUGCUAUUUUCAGAAUGAUAGUUUUGUGACACACGUCAAUUAACAGUAAAUCCUAAUUAAUUGAUGAUUCUGUUAUUAUCAAAUAUGUAUUUUUUUCGUACAUAAUAUUUAAUUGUAAAUGCUUUAAAUUUGGAAGCUGAUCACCGUGAACAUUCGAUCAAUCAAAGAUUAAUGACGAAUGUUAGUUUGUAUAUAUAUAUAUACAUAUAUAUAUAUAUAUAUAUAUAUAGCUUUAACUUAGUCCAAUGUGAUCCUUUUUUCAAAUGAAUAUAAUAGUUGUAUAUCAAAAAAAGAUACUCAAUAACUUCAUACGUAUGUCCAGAUCUAUACUAUAAUUAAAUAUUUUAUUUAAUAGGUGAUCAGAGGAUCUGAGCCACUACUUAUUUCAUUAUAAUUUUAUAUUCAAAUAUGAUCUGGCUGAUGCAUUUUUUAUUUUUUUUAUUAUUAUUUUUUUGUUAAUUGCAAUAUAUAUAUAUACCAAUAGCAAGCACUAUUUUAUUGAAAUGUUUUUGUAGUGCGAUGCUAUAUGUUGUAAAUAGACACGAGGAGAUGAAGUUUUUAUCGAUAUAUUUAUUAUGCAAUACCUAAGUGUUUUAGUAUACUCUUUCAGGCGUAACAAUUAUUGCAUUUUCCAUUCUAGUUAAUAAUACAAUACGACAAUAAAGAUGUAGACGCGAUAUAGGACUUGUUUUUUCUUCCUGUAUGUUUCGGUUACUUCUUUUUUUUUUUUUAAUUAUGAUUCAUUGUGUCGUUAAUAGUUAACGCCAAUCGUUCUCUUACAAGAGAACAAAACUUGAUAACUGUUAAAUCUAAAAAAUAAACGUAGUCUGCAUAUUAUUUGUAUAUGUUA